GUAAAACAAACAGUAUAUACUCUGUUUUCUUGAUUUUGUUGAUUUAGUUAGCCUUGAAAUCUGUUGAUCACGAUGUCCGAAUCUAUGAGCAUAUCAGUAAACGGACAAUCUCAAGUGCCUCCUGGGUUUAGGUUUCACCCGACCGAGGAAGAGCUGCUGCAGUAUUAUCUCCGGAAGAAAGUCAAUAGCAUCAAGAUCGAUCUCGACGUUAUUCGCGACGUUGAUCUCAACAAGCUCGAGCCUUGGGAUAUUCAAGAGUUGUGUAAAAUAGGAACAACGCCUCAAAACGACUGGUAUUUCUUUAGUCACAAGGACAAAAAAUAUCCAACGGGAACGAGAACUAACCGAGCUACGGCGGCCGGAUUUUGGAAAGCAACGGGCCGCGACAAGAUCAUAUAUAGUAAUGGUCGUAGGAUUGGGAUGAGAAAGACUCUUGUUUUUUACAAAGGUCGAGCUCCUCACGGCCAAAAAUCUGACUGGAUCAUGCAUGAAUAUAGACUCGACGACAACAUUAUUUCCCCUGAGGAUGCCGUUCGUGAGGUGGUGACUAUUAUUGGGGAGGCAUCACAAGACGAAGGAUGGGUGGUGUGUCGCAUUUUCAAGAAAAAAAACCUUCACAAAACCUUAAACAGUCCCACCGGAGGAGCUUCCCUUAGUGGCGGCGGAGAUAUGGCAAGGGCGACGUCCUCGUCGCAGAUGCUCAACGAUGAUACUCUCGAGCAGUUCCUAGAACUUAUGGGGCGAUCUUGUAAAGAAGAGCUAAAUCUAGACUCUUUCAUGAAACUCCCAGACCUUGAGAGCCCUAACAGUCUAAACAACAACUGCCACGUCUACUCUCCUAACACAAAUCAUCAUGAUGUUCACGUCAGCAACGUGGUCGACACUAGCUUCGUUACCAGCUGGGCCGCUUUGGACCGGCUAGUGGCCUCGCAGCUAAACGGACCCAUAUCAUACUCAAUCGCAACCGUCAAUGAGAGCCACGUGGAACAAGAUCACCUCGCCUUGCCUGGCAUAAACCGGUCCGGUUCGUACCACGCGGGCUUAAUUCAAGAAUAUACACCGGAGAUGGAGCUAUGGAACACGACCACGUCCUCUCUAUUAUCAUCAUCUGACUCAUUUCGCCACGUGUCUAACGGUAGUGGAUAG